AGCUGCGACGCAUAAGAGGACUCAGUGCGUGCCAGAACUCUGCUUCUAUAAGUAGGUGUCUUGCUAGUACACCGUGAACCUCGAUCAUGGCCCCCGUACGGAAUAGCCGUGUCAUCUUCAACGAGAUCCCGUCAGGGUAUCCAGAGCCCGGAAAGACUGUCGUAUACGAUGUCUCUCCAAAGAUCGAUCCCUAUGCCGUCCCGCUGAAUGGCGGCUUCCUCGUCAAGAUCCUUGUUCUCUCCAUCGACCCGUACAUGAGAGGAAGGAUGCGGGAUCCGUCCAUCGAGAGCUACCAGCCAGCAUUCCCGUUAGGCCAACCAAUAGACAACUUCGGAGUGGGUCUUGUCGUUCGCUCCGAGAACCCCGCGAUCAAAGUCGGCCAACACCUCUACGGGUUCUACGACUUCCAAGAGUAUUCUGUCUAUAGAGACCUGACCGAGUUGAGACGGGCGCGUGUUCUGGAUAAUGAGCAAACCCUACCUUGGUCCGCCUAUCUCGGUGUAUGCGGCAUGCCCGGGCAGACUGCAUUCUAUGCAUGGAAUGAGUUCUCACGUGCAAAGAAGGGCGAUGUCGUGUUCGUCACUGCCGGCGCUGGGCCGGUUGGCUCGACCGUUAUCCAGCUCGCUAAGCAGGCGGGAUGCAAGGUGAUCGCGUCGGCUGGUUCCGAGGAGAAGAUCGCAUUCCUCAAGUCCAUCGGAACGGACGUCGCCUUCAAUUACAAGACAGAGAAGACGCUCGAUGUUCUUCUGAGAGAAGGGCCGAUCAACAUAUAUUGGGACAAUGUCGGCGGGGAGAGCCUUGAAGCUGCGCUUGAAGCCGCUGCGUGGCACGCUCGCUUCAUUAUGUGCGGCAUGAUCUCCUCGUACAACAGCGUGGACGACCACCCCGUCAAGAACCUCUCCCAGAUCUUUGCGAAGAGCCUCACGCUGCACGGCUUCACCGUCGCGGUCUUGCACGACAAGUACGUCGACCGGUUCUACGCGGAGGUGCCUCGGAUGGUCGCGGAGGGGAAGAUCAGGUUCAAGGAGGACGUCAGCCGCGGGUUGGAGAGCGCGGGCGAGGCGAUUUUGGAGGUACAGAAGGGGAGGAAUAAGGGGAAGAUGGUCAUCCUCGUUGCGGAGGAGUAGGAUGAGUCACGCAAGUGAGAAUGUAUAGGUCGGUAAGUUGUUCACUUCCUAGAUGUAUUUUAGUGCACGCGUUUGUGAAUAACGCGCUACCCUUUGACCAAGACUGGCCGUUUCCCCUUGCCAGUUUCUCAUCGUGCUGCAGCAAGUGCACCGUUCUGGCUGCAGCGAUGUGGAGUACUUCUGCGAACUCGGUGAGAGCUCCU